AUGCCAAGUUCCACAUCCGUGGAGCAGAGAUUAACCAGGCUGGAGGAAAAGAUCAACGCGCUGCUGUCUCCUCAGCGGGAAGGCAGCGUCAGAUCAAAUGAAGCUGCAGAGAGCCCGUUCGAAGUUAUCGAGGAUUACCAGGGUGACACGACGUUUGAGGCCCCGUUAUCAGCACUGAAUGCAAACCUGGACUCUAUGAAGGCACAGCUUGGCUUGCAGGAUUGGACACCGGACCGGACACCCGGAACCAUAAGAAGGGUACGGGUGGGAUCGCAAUUUCUCCCCUUCCCAAGCACAUCAGACUACCAGAACUACAUCGAUUUCUUCUUCGAAGACAUCAACCCGUGCCACUCCUGCGUGAACGAGUCGGACUUCAAGCAGAAGAAUCACAAUCUCGCACGCGGCGCUUUUGCACGUAGCGACGAUAUCUGCUUCCUGGCCUUGAACUACAUAAUUUUUGCGUGCGCGGAUAUACUCCGCAAUGUUGAUCCGGUGCACGAAUUAACUUCGGCGCCUUGUCCUGGAUGGAAGUGGUUUUUGGCAUCCGAUGCCCUUUUACGCAAACGGAAGCUCAGCGGAAAAGCAGAUUUAUGUCUCAUUCAGUUCUUAAUCUACGAGGCGUUUUACUUGGUACACGCUGACAGAUCAAGUGCCGCCUAUAGUGCAAUUGGCAUUGCGUGCAGACUCUGUUUUCAAAUGGGGCUUCACGAUGAGCCGCGCUGGGGCAAAGAUCACAAUCCUUAUACGGCGCACAUGCGUCAGCGCGUCUUCUGGACUGUCUAUUUUGUCGAUCGUCGCAUAUCUCUAAGCUGUGGACGUCCGUAUGGGAUGAGAGACUCCGAUAUCCGCGUGGACAAACCUGCAUGGCUAUGUGACAAGAUGCUUAACCCAAGCAGUCCUCUUCCGGAACCCGAUCCCGAAAUGUCGGCAAUCAUGUAUCUGGUUUGUAUGAUUUCCUUCGGAAACUUGGCUGGCGUGGUUUGGGACACAAUGUUUUCUGCCAGCGUGGAUGGGCCCUGUUCCGAGGCCAUUGCGUUAGUCGACGCAAAGAUCAGACACUGGACAGACACCACUCUCCCAACCAUACCGCUCCUACCGCGACAUACUUCACCAACGCGACGCCAUCUCAGACAGCAGCUUUUGGUCAACACGCGUAUAAGCCAUUUGCGACUUCUACUCCAUCGUCGAGAAAUGGUAUCGCUCAAGUAUAGCGCCAGUACAGGUCUUCUUUGUGGAACCCUAGCCACAGAUAUCGUCGAGCAGAUAAAGACACACAGCCACGAAAUCAGUGAGCCAAGCUCCUUUCGCUUCCAUCUUGCCACAACAGUUGGGGGAGCUAUCCUCAUUCUCGCCACUCUUCUCUGUCGGGAUCUAUCUGAAAUUGGCCUGGAGUCACACAAUACUGAAUAUGCAGAAAGCUUUCAUGCCGCUGUUGCAAUGUUGAGGGAGUUGUCUCAAGUCUUACGUGCGGCACGACGGAUUCUCGACGAUCUGGAAAGUGUACUGACCUCCGUGAGAUCGAUUCUUCUUCGACCAGCGACGUCACCGCAGAACGGCGCUGCGAACUUCACCCCGUCAGCCUUUGAUAAUGUAUUCACCUACUCUAAUCCUGGUCUAGCGCACCAGGAUCACUUCGCUGAGAAUAUUGGAUCCCAAGAGAUCGCGGGAGGUGGGAUUGCUUCUUUCAAUUACGAUACUUUUGCGAGCCUGGACAGCUGGGACGCUUAUUUUCAACAGCCUUCAAGUGAAUAUGGGGUCCCUUGGAUAUGA